AUGAACGGAGGACAACAAAACCAAAGCGGAUAUUCAUCGGGGUUUUACGGGUCAAGCCCGCUCCAAAGACAGAACCAAGACAUGUACGGCAAUUCCUUUGGUUCGGGGAGUAUGUACUCCAUGCACCAGCCACACGGCGGAUUCGGCAGCCAGAUGCAGGAUAGCUCGCCAAUUAAGAUAUCCCCCACCGUCCUGGACACUUCAAUUGAGCCCUUUUCCAUCAGACAGAAAAUGGACAACGGCAUACAGUGCAUCAGCAACUGCAUCACUUCAAUGGAAAGAUACAGCCCAUACUCGCUGGAGGAGCUGCGGUGCGCAGAUUACAAAAAAGGAAGAAAAGGCACAAUUGUAGCAAGACAGAGCGGAUACCACAGCACAUACGGCAGCCCAACCUCGUACAUGCAAAAGCCAUCUGAUCUGAUGGGGGGAAUAUUUGGCCAAAAAAAACCUGAAACAACAAGCAGCUUUGCAUCGCUCGCACAGUCAGGGUAUUCAUCGCAGCAAAGACCUCCUGCACAGAGCAUAUUCUCAUCCAGCCCGCAAAGCACGAGCAUGUUUGGACAGAGUCAAAAUAGUUCUUUUAUCCAAAACCAAAACUCUUCAUUCCUGGGCCAGCAGCCAAACAGCUCGUUCCAGCAGCCACAGACCUCCUCCAUGGGGAGCUUUGGGUCAUUUGGCCAACCCGCAGGAGGGAUGCAGAGCCAGGGGCAGCAAACUCCCAGUAUUUUCUCAUCACCAUCGUCUACACAGCAGAAUAUGUCCAGUGCAUUCUCGAAUAAUGCAAAUAUCCUCGGAUCGAAUACAAGCAUGGCACAGCAGUCCCCCAGCCUGGGAAUCUCUUCAUUUGGGGGCCUGGGGGGAAUGAGCAGCACAAAUAGCCAAAGCACCUUGGGGAUGCUGGGAGUUGGGGCACAGACUCCUCGGCCUCCCAGCGCAUUUUCCUUGGGGGGCAGCACAGGGAGCAGCUCUGCGUUCAGUCUCCAGCCGCAGAGUGCGCUUGGGACAGGACUAAGUACACAGAGUCAAACAUCUUCACCAUUCUCCCAGCUGGGAGCACAGACAGCAGGGUCAAAUACGCCGUCAUUUGGUGGCUUAGGGAGCAGCUCAGGCCUAGGACAAGCAGCAGGAUCAAAUGCGCUGGGAAGUGGAGGCUUUGGAGGCCAGCAGAUGGGAAGCACUCAGACACAGCUCGGAGGAAGCCAGCAGCUCGGGAGUGGAUUUGGGUUCUCAUCGGGGCAAAGCGCACUGCAGCCUGCAGGAGCCUCGGGAAUACUCGGGGGAUUGGGGAAUAAGCCCGCUGAGCCCCUGAGCAGCAGUGCACCAUCUGCAUUUUCAUUCGGUGCAAGCUCUUCUGCACAGGAUGCAGCUAAGACAGGAUUUGGAGGCGGCUUGGGGCUCUCGCUCUCUAAGCCCCUGGAAAGCAGCUCGCUGGAUGCAAAUAAAACAUCAUCGCCCUUUGGCUCUUCAUUUGGCAGCGGUAUUUCCUCUUUGGGAGGAGGCCUUGGAGCAGGGAGCUUGCAGACACAGCCAACGAGCUCAUUUGGCGUGGGAGGUGCUCUGGGGUCUAGCGCGCUACUGGGAGAGAGCAAAACAGCAUCUGCCUCUGCGUCUUCCAGCAAUGAUCCGUACCUUAUCAAAUCGCUGGACUUCAAAGAGUGCGAAGAGUACCAGAAAAAAACAGUUAUGGAAAUACCUGCACCGCUAUUUAAAAAAACAGCGACACCAAAGAUCAAGUUCAAGGCAAUGGGAAGCUUCAAAGAGUUCGUGUCUAUGAAGGGGAAGGAGAAAGAAAAGAGGAACGAGACAUACUUAGAGGAGAUAGAGGAGAAUGAGUACUACACAAUUCCCUCCAUUGCACAAAUCAAAAAAAUGCAAAACAGAAAGAUCUCUGGAUUUGUGAUAGGGAGAAAGAACCACGGGAGAGUGGAGUUCCAGGAGGAGGUAGAUCUUAAUAACAUAGACUUGGACUCAAUCACGUCGAUGGUGAACAUAGAAGACUCGUACAUAUUCUUCAGCUACGACGAAGAGAGAAUGCCGCCUGGGCAGGGCAUUAACAAAGCGAUUCGGGUUAUAUUGGAGAAUGUCAUUCCGUACAGCCACAGCACAGGAUCGAUGAAAACCCUCACAGAGUCAGAUCCGUGCUUCAUAAACAUACAGUCUCGGGUGAUUGCCAAUCUUCCAAAGGGCGCUGCCAUAGAAUCAGCGAACUUCAACCCCGCCACAGGAGUCAUAACGAUAUACUGCCCGCACUUGUGGACAGACUCCUAG